AAAUACGAUUGUCGUAAAAACCAUUAAGUUAGGUUGGAUUUUAAUAUCUAGAGAACACAGCUGAAAAAGCCUAUAAUGGAUGAUAACUCUUCGAAACCUGAAGAAUCUUGUAAGAUCGCCAUUCCUAACCUUACAUAUAUCAUAGAACUUCUACUUCCUUUAUACACUACGUCUACUAAGAACAAUCAAAAAGACCAACACCAUGCCCAGAAGUUUAACGAAAUGCUCCAUCGGACUGAACAACCAGUCAGGUUUCAUUGUGUUCAGGUAGGAAGUGUUCCAGAAUUCUAUGAAAUUCCCAAAUUGUUCAAACGUGAUAAAAAUCUUGAUAACCCUGUUCCUGAGUAUGUCCGCAACAGUGACAUCGAUGUCUUACAAGUCGUAGAUUGUUCUCCAUUGACUGAGCAUAAUGAAUCAAAUCACUCCCCCGUGUCCAAAACAGACCAAAUAAACUCCAAUGUUUAUAUAGAAACAAAUGACACUCAUCCUGGAUACUGCAGACUUCGUGUCUUAAACCCCCAAAAUGAAGUUCUGCUGAACAGAAAAGGAAUGAAAUAUAUAAUGUUGAACGCAAAGGCCCUGCUUUAG